CAAGAGGAGCUAGCCCCUAGACCCAUCCCCACCUUCCUCAGAGCUGAGCAGAGGAACCAGAGGGAAAGUCCACCUUCCCCAGCACAGCCAUACUAUCCACCUCACUCAACUACUUGUCAAGUUUGCUAUCAACACAAGGGGGCCCAGAUAAUCAAAAAACAAUGUCGAGUGAUGAUAAGAGUAAAGCUAGUGACCCCAAGAAUGAGCCCAAGAACUGCGAUCCCAGGUGUGAACAAAAGUGUGAAUCCAAAUGCCAGCCCAGCUGUUUAAAGAAGCUGCUGCAACGCUGCUCGGACAAGUGCCCACGGGAAAAGUGUCCGCCACCACCAAAAUGCCCACCAUGCCCUCCACCCUGUCCCUGUCCCCCACCCUGCCCAGCUCCCUGCCCUCCCAAGCCCUGUACCAAGAUCUGUCCUCCUAAAUGCCCACCUCCGUGCCCGCCUCCAUGCCCACCUUCUUGCCCACCUCCAUGUCCACCUCCACAAUGAGGCACUGGGGACACCACUGGGCCCCACUACCACUGCCAUCUCCACCAUGUACAACACCAUGGGAUGGGAAAUGAAACCAUGAACUGACAAGUAAACCUGUUCCUCUGCUGCGCAAGACUUCUUCUGGUGUGUUGGUGGAUUCUGA